AAAGACCUGCGGUGGAAAUAAACAGCGAAGAUUUCAAGGGCACCAUUGUCGGUGUGGAAAAACAAAAUUUGGCAAAUGAAACAUUUGCAGCAUUUUUGGGUAUUCAAUAUGCCAAAGCACCCGUGGGAGAAUUGAGAUUUAGGGAUCCACAGAGAGCCGAGCGAUUCGAGGGCGUAUAUGAAGCCAUGUACGAAGGAUACGAAUGUCAUUCAAUAACAGCGACCAAUGCUUCGGAAGAUUGUUUAAAUUUAAAUGUCUACACCAAGAAUCUCCAUCCCUCCGAACCCCUUCCCGUUAUGGUGAUGAUCCAUCCUGGUGGCCUUUAUCUUGGCAGCUCCAGAUGGCUGAAACCCGGCUAUCUAAUGCAAAAGGACAUUGUGUUGGUGACAUUUAAUUAUCGUUUGGGUACCUUGGGUUUUCUGAAUUUAGGUUCAUCUUCGGUCCCCGGUAAUGCUGGGCUCAAGGAUCAAAUUUUAGCUCUGCAAUGGACGCAACGUAAUAUUGCAAAUUUUGGUGGAAAUCCUCAGGAUAUCACUCUAAUGGGUUAUAGUGCUGGGGCACUAAGUGUAUCAUUAUAUUUAGUAUCGUCCAUGUCUAAGGGCCUUUUCCACAAAGCCAUCAUGAUGAGUGGUUCCAUGCCACCUCAAAUUGUAAUGCCACAAGGGGAUCAGAAAUAUUUGGCCAUAAGGCAGGCCAAGAGAUUGAAUUGUUCGGGAUUUGAGGAUGGUGAAGAUAUCUUGGCCUGCCUCUCACAAUUCUCGGGCAAGGAAAUAUCAGGAACCUUGAGGCAAAUGUUUGAUUUUGGUAAAGACAAUCCCAUUUAUUUAUGGCUUCCAGUGGUAGAAAAGGAUUUUGGCCAGGAAAGAUUUUUGGUAGAGGAUUUUUACAAGUCCUUAAAGGAUCUAAAGGAAUUGAAAAUUCCUCUACUAAUUGGUUAUACAAAUGGUGAAUUUUGUUCGUCCUCCAAGGAUAUUUUAGCGGAUGAGAAACUAAAAUCAGAAUUUGAGGAAAAUUUCUUGACCUUGGCUCCACGGAUUUUUGGUUAUGAAAAUUGGCCGCACAGCAAGGAUAUUAGUCAAAGGAUAAGGGAUUACUACUUCAAUGGCUCUACGAGAUUAUCAGCCGAAGAUUAUGAUAGGUUGUGUGAUUUAUUUUCCGAUUCAUUGAUACGCUUUGGGGCACAUCGCACUGGGCAGUUGGCCAGCGAGAAGGGUGCGGAGGUAUAUUUCUAUGAAUUUCGUUAUCAAGGGAAAUCCUUGGAGGUGGACAAGGAUUUUCCGAAUAGGAAGGAUCGUGUGGAACACAUGGAUGACUUGCAAUAUCUUUUCAAUUGGAACCACAGGCCCAAUGAGGAUCUGUCGCAGGAUGAGUUGGGUAUUAUAAAGCUUUACACGGAUUUUAUAUACGAUUUUGUGAGGAAUGGGAAACUAUCCUCUCCAGCAGCCAAAAC